AUGCAGUUGAUGAACAAAGGUUACAUAAAAAAUGACGAUGAGAGGUCAUCAGCGGCCGUACCAGAUGAUCGCGAGGAAAAAAUCACAAUGCUCCAGGGAGCCGCGCAGACUUAUAUCUUUUGGGUUGACGGCUUCGACACGUCAUCAUCAACGAUGACGCAUUGCCUCUACGAGUUGGCACUGCAUCGAGAGAUCCAGGACAAAUUGGCCGAAGAAAUCAACGACAUCCUUGAAGAAUUCGGAAGCCUUUCCUACCAGAGUGUGAAGGCGAUACCGUAUCUUCACAAUGUUGUUUCCGAAACACUGAGAAAGUACCCGGUCACUCCGAUACUCAACAGAGAGUGCAUCGAAGAAAUUGAGUUACCGGGGACCGGGCACCGAAUUACAAAGGGAACUCCAUUGAUCAUUCCUGUUUUUGGACUCCAUUCGGACCCCGAAAUAUAUCCAGAACCAGAAAAAUUCAACCCCGAAAAAUUCAGCGAGGAGAAUAUCGCCCAGAAAUAUCAGUACGCUUACUUACCGUUUGGUGAAGGGCCGUGGAAUUGCACUAAAGUUGGACUCGUCAGCUUGCUGUCCAAGUAUCGCUUCACAUUAGGCCCGGAUGUGAAAGUACCUCUGAUGAUGGUCAAGACUAACUUUGUCCAGGUUCCCGCAAACGGAGUGACACUCCGAAUCCAAAUGCGAUAA